UCAUCCAAAUACAGUCUUAUUCAGUAAGCGAAAAGAGUGGGUCAAAAUGAAAGUACACUUCUUUUUCAUUGGUCUCGUUGCAAUUUUUUGUGAGAACACACUUUCGCAACAGCUAUCUGCAGCGGAAACGCUAGAAGGAAUAUUAACCACAUUGUCAGGCGCUCUGAAUCUCGCCAAAAAUCUACCUAAAACAAUCGAAUCGGUAAGACAAUUCCAACUUGUGGAGGAAAUCAAUUUGGUUCGUGAAAUAACCGAUGUCGUGCUAAGUUCCUUGAAUGCUACGUCACUGGCAAUUGGAAAUCUCGCCGCCAGUGUGGAUGUAAGCAGUAACUCUGCAAAAAUGAACGCCAUUGCAGAUAUCCAGUCCGCAGAGCAAUCGUUAGCCCUUCCAGUGGUACAGCUGCAACAGACGCUGCAGGAAAUAAACGACAAAGGCAUGACGCUGGCUUUGAACAUCCGGUUGGAGUUGCUCGAAAAAACGUUGCGCGAAAGUGCGGCCAAAGUGCAAUCGGAAGUUGCGAAAGCGGAUCGCGUUAGGUUCAAGUAAAAAAGUUUUAAAUAUUGAAGCUGCAUUGUUUCGCUUUUCUAAAUGGCGUCAUUUUACAAUUAAAUAUACGAUUUUGGAUACGGCUU